UGGUAGUGCCGCUCACUGGCCGGAAGAGGGCUCUUCCAACAUUGUUCUGACGUCAGUCGGGACAUUCCUUCCCUUUCCGGUGGGAAGGGCUUCGUCUCCCGGUUCUGCUCCGCGAUCCCGAGCCAAAGCGGAGAAGUGAAGAGGAGCAUUCAAGAAAGCAGGGAGUGGGAGCGGCCAUGAUCUCCGCCGGUUGUGGUCUUAGUGAGCAGCGAGCGACUAAAUAACUUGUUAUUGAGAGAGAGAGAGCGAGAGAUACACAGCCUGGGCUGGGCGGUGGGCUCGUCCCCUGUUCAUGGACCAACCGGGCCUUAGAGCCAAUAGUGUAACGCCAAUCACUAUCAUUAACGUGAAGUACCUAGUUUAGCUAGGCUGCAAACGGAGGAAGAUGUCGGCCAAAGUGAGACUGAAGAGGCUGGAGCAGCUGCUCCUGGAUGGGCCCCAAAGGAACGAGGCGGCUGUAAGUGUGGAGACGCUGCUGGACGUGCUUCUUUGCCUGUAUACAGAGUGCACCAGUUCCACUCUCCGCAGGGACAAGUAUGUCAGCGAGUUCCUGGAAUGGGCAAAACCUUUCACAGAUCUACUUAAGGGAAUGCAGCUUCACCGGGAUGACUUUGAGAUCAUCAAAGUAAUUGGAAGAGGGGCGUUUGGAGAGGUUGCAGUUGUUAGAUUGAAAAGUACGGAACGCAUUUAUGCAAUGAAAAUCCUGAACAAGUGGGAGAUGCUUAAAAGAGCAGAGACGGCUUGUUUCCGAGAAGAGCGAAAUGUGUUAGUAAACGGGGAUUGUCAGUGGAUCACUACCUUACAUUAUGCCUUUCAGGAUGAGAACUAUUUGUAUUUAGUCAUGGAUUACUAUGUAGGUGGAGACCUAUUAACACUUCUCAGCAAAUUUGAAGACAGACUUCCUGAAGACAUGUCCAGAUUUUAUCUUGCUGAAAUGGUGCUUGCUAUCCACUCCAUUCAUCAGCUGCAUUACGUACACAGGGAUAUCAAACCUGACAAUAUUCUCUUGGAUAUGAAUGGCCACAUUCGCCUAGCCGAUUUUGGAUCAUGUCUAAAAAUGAAUAAAGAUGGGACUGUCCAGUCUUCAGUGGCAGUAGGAACACCUGACUAUAUCUCCCCAGAGAUCUUGCAAGCAAUGGAAGAUGGAAUGGGAAAAUACGGACCUGAAUGCGAUUGGUGGUCCCUUGGGGUCUGCAUGUAUGAAAUGCUGUAUGGGGAAACCCCUUUCUAUGCAGAGUCACUUGUGGAAACAUAUGGAAAAAUCAUGAAUCAUGAAGAACGAUUUCAGUUUCCCUCUCAUAUUGGGGAUGUGUCCGAAUCAGCCAAAGAUCUCAUCCAGAGGUUAAUCUGCAGCAGGGAGCGUCGACUCGGCCAAAAUGGAAUAGAUGAUUUUAAGGCUCAUCCAUUUUUUGAAGGAAUCGACUGGGAUAAUAUCAGGAACUUGGAAGCUCCUUACAUUCCUGAUGUCAGCAGUCCCUCCGAUACAUCAAACUUUGACGUGGAUGAUGAUAUUCUAAGGAACCCUGAAGUUAUUCCUUCUAGUACUCACAGUGGCUUUUCAGGCUUCCAUCUACCGUUUGUAGGAUUUACAUACACAACAGACAGCUGUUUUUCUGACCGAGGUUCCUUAAAAGACACCAUUCACGCAAAUGCUGUGACCAAAGAUGAGGAUGUGCAGCGAGGCCUUCAAAAUAGCUUACAGGUCGAUGCCUAUGAGAGAAGAAUCAGGCGACUUGAGCAGGAAAAACUGGAACUAAACAGAAAAUUACAAGAGUCGGCUCAGACAGUCCAGUCUCUGCAAGGUUCAUCCAGAACAACAGGGACGCUAACUCGAGACAAAGAAAUCAGAAAGCUUAAUGAAGAAAUUGAACGGCUAAAGAAUAAAAUAUCAGAUUCAAAUCGAAUAGAGCGACAGCUGGAGGAUGUUGUUGCGCUGAGACAGAAUUAUGAUGAUUCCACUAGCAAGAUGAAAGGCCUGGAGAAACAACACCGUGCUCUGAAACAAGAACGGGAUGAUCUGCAGAAGCAAUUUACUGAUGCUCAGGAACGGUUAAAGUCCCAGACCAAGGAGCUGAAGGAUGCCAAUCAACACAGAAAGCUCACUCAGCAAGAGUUUGCUGAACUUAAUGAAAAGAUGGCAGAGUUGAGAUCACAGAAGCUGAAGUUGUCCCGCCAGCUACGCGAUAAGGAAGAAGAAUUGGAGCUGGUUAUGCAGAAAAUUGACACUAUGCGUCAGGAACACCGCAAAUCAGAGAAAGCCAGAAAAGAGUUGGAAGCACAGCUUGAAGAAGCCACCGCUGAGGCAUCAAAGGAACGCAAAUUGCGAGAACAUAGUGAGAUAUUCUGCAAACAGUUGGAAAAUGAACUGGAAGCACUUAAGUUAAAACAGGGAGUUCGAACUCCCGGUGCAACCUUGGAGCAUCAGCAGGAGCUCUCUAGAGUCAAAUCUGAGCUGGAAAAGAAGAUCUUGUCUUUUGAAGAAGAGCUAUUAAGACGUGAAACCGCUCAUUCCUUGGAGAUAAAAAACAUAAGGAAAGAAAUUCAUGAUUCUGAGGGUCAGCAGCUUGCCCUGAAGAAAGAAACGCUUAUGCUUAAAGAUAAGCUUGAAAAAGCAAAACGUGAGCGGCAAUCUGAGCUUGAAGAAGCAGUCGGGACUGUAAAGGAAAAAUAUGAGCGAGAGAGGAGCAUCCUUUUAGAUGAAAAUAAAAAACUUUCUUCUCAAACAGAAAGGCUCUCUUCUUUUGUUGAUAAACUGACUAAGCAAAAUCGGCAGCUGGAGGAUGACCUGCAGGACCUCACAGCUAAAAAAGAAUCUGUAGCUCACUGGGAAGCUCAGAUUGCUGAAAUCAUUCAGUGGGUAAGUGAUGAAAAAGAUGCCCGUGGCUAUCUUCAAGCUUUAGCUUCAAAGAUGACUGAAGAACUUGAGUCAUUAAGGAGUUCAAGUCUUGGAUCCCGAGCCCUGCCUGACCUCUCAUUCCCGCAAGGCUUGGCCCCCUACAGUUCUGAUAGGCUGGAUCCACUAUGGAAAGUGCGACGUAGUCAGAAACUCGACAUGUCUGCGCGUUUGGAGUUGCAAUCUGCUUUAGAUGCUGAAAUUCGAGCCAAACAGGUGGUACAAGAAGAGCUGAGAAAGGCCAAGGAUUCAAAUAUUCAUUUUGAAAGUAAACUGAAAGAUGCAGAACUGAAAAAUAAAGAACUUUUAGAGGAGAUGGAGAACCUUAAAAAGAAGCUGGAGGAAAAAUACAAAGACGACAGUGGGCUCAAAAUUUCUGACUUUCAUGACUCCAUAUUUGAGUAUUUUAACACUUCUCCAUUACCACAUGACCUAACCUUAAGAGAACCAGUUUCUUCUUCAUCUACCUCCUCACUACUAGCCUACUGGGAAGAAAGUAGUACAAUAAGUGAGUCUGAUGUCCCAUCUCCCAAACCUGAAGUUUCUGCAUCGCUUGCCAUUCCUUCCACCCAAGACCAACAAGAGGAGCCGUCAAGGUCUAAGUCUCGAACACAGCCUGCUCCAUCUCCCACAUUUACUCCAAUUUCAAUCUCCAUCCCAAAGCCCAAAGCACACCAGCUUGUUAUCAAGUCCUUCCUGAAUCCUACACAGUGUUCCCAUUGUACGUCACUUAUGGUUGGGUUGGUGCGGCAAGGAUAUGCAUGUGAAGUGUGUCCUUUUGCUUGCCAUGUAUUGUGCAAGGACAGUGCACCACAGGUCUGUCCUAUUCCAGCAGAGCAGGCCAAGAGACCACUUGGAGUAGAUGUACAGAGGGGGAUUGGAACUGCUUACAAGGGAUACGUGAGGAUUCCAAAACCUACCGGAGUGAAAAAGGGCUGGCAGAGAGCAUUCGCGGUUGUUUGUGACUGUAAGCUGUUUUUAUAUGAUGUCCCAGAAGGACGUUCUACUCAACCUGGAGUUGUUGCCAGCCAGGUUGUAGAUCUUAGGGAUGAGGACUUUUCUGUGAGCUCUGUUUUGGCUUCUGAUGUCAUACAUGCCACUCGCAAGGACAUUCCCUGCAUAUUUAGGGUGACAGCGUCUCUUCUAGGUUCUCCCUCCAAAACCACAGCGUCUCUUCUAAUCCUAACAGAGAGCGAAGCAGAAAAGCGGAAGUGGGUUGGAAUUCUGGAAGGACUGCAAGCAAUUUUACAGAAAAACAACCUAAAGAACCAGGCAGUGCAUUGUCCACAGGAAGCCUAUGACAGCACUUUGCCUCUUAUUAAAACUAUUGUAGCUGCUGCUGUUAUAGAUCAUGAUCGAAUAGCUGUUGGCACUGAAGAAGGACUGUAUGUAAUAGAGGUUACAAGAGAUGUGAUCGUUCGUGCUGCUGACUGUAAAAAAGUCUACCAGAUAGAAUUGGUUCCCAAAGAGAAGAUCGUUAUUCUUGUGUGCGGGCGUAAUCACCACGUUCAUUUGUUUCCUUGGUCCUCCCUUGAUGGGUCAGAGGGCAGCUUUGACAUCAAACUGCCAGAGUCCAAAGGCUGCCAGUUCAUUACAACUGGAACACUGAAAAAAUCGGCUUCUCCAUGCUUGUUUGUGGCAGUCAAACGGCAGAUCUUUUGCUAUGAAAUCCAUAGAACUAAACCAUACCAUAAGAAGUUCAAUGAGAUUGUGGCUCCAGGCAAUGUACAGUGGAUGGCUUCAUUUAAAGACAAACUGUGUGUUGGUUACCAGUCUGGGUUCUCCUUGUUGAACAUACACGGAGAGGGGCAGUCAAUAAAUUUGGUGAACCUUAGCGAUUCUUCCCUUGCAUUCAUAUCACAGCAGCCAGUGGACGCCCUGUGUGCAGUAGAGCUCAGUAAAGAUGAAUACUUGCUUUGCUUCAGUCAGCUAGGCGUCUAUGUGGAUUCUCAAGGACGAAGGACGCGAAUGCAGGAGCUGAUGUGGCCAGCAACUCCUCUCGCUUGCAGUUGCAGCUCCUCGUAUGUUACAGUUUACAGUGAGUAUGGCAUUGACGUUUUUGAUGUCUCCACCAUGGAAUGGGUUCAAACCAUCGGUUUGAGACGGAUAAAGCCUCUUAAUGCAGAAGGUUCAUUGAAUUUGCUGAAUUCUGAGCCUGCGCGUCUCUUGUAUUUGAAGAGCAUGUAUUCAGAGGGACCUGUCCUGACAGUGCCGGAAACAUCUGAUAACAGCAAAAAGCAAAUGGUCCGGACCAGAAGCAAGAGGAAGUUUGUGUUCAAGGUACCCGAAGAGGAGAGAUUACAGCAAAGAAGGGAGAUGCUUCGAGAUCCUGAACUAAGAUCAAAAAUGAUUUCCAACCCCACCAAUUUCAACCACGUGGCACACAUGGGACCAGGAGAUGGGAUGCAAGUGCUCAUGGACCUGCCUCUGCAGACUGAAUUUUCUCCCCUCUCAUCCUCCCGAAACUCUGCUCUGAUAUCACCUCCAGCAAACUUUGAACACGUCUAUCAUAUGAGCUCUGUUUCAGCCAACAUCUUUCUUCAGAACGAGCAAUGCUCCCUGCAAGACCUCUCUCUGUCUUCUUCCUCUUCCUGCCCCUCUUCUACUUCCUUAGCAAGGAGUGUUUUGCCGUCAUCUCAGGAUGAAAACCCAAGGGAGCGACUUCGUCCUCCUUCCACCAAUGUUGCUCGUCAGCAGCAACAGCGAAGCAAAUCUUACAUCUCGUGGCCCUCAUCAGGAUCUGGAGAUGUAUCCUCACGAAGUAUAGGAGAUCCUGAACAAGAUAUGGAAAAAGAGCCAGAUUCAGAUUCCACAAAACAUUCCACUCCUUCAAACAGUUCCAAUCCCAGUGGUCCCCCGAGCCCUAAUUCUCCGCAUAGGAAUCAGCUGACAUUGGAUGGCAUGGACCAGUCAGCAUGCGAUGCGUAACUCGAGUGUUCGUAGCAAAGCUUCAGAGCGACUUAUUAUUAUCCGGAACAGUGAUACAGUGGGAGGGUGCAUCGGUUUCAUCUCUUAGUGCCAAGAUGAGAAACACCUAGUGUUGUACAAAUCCUGAACCCCAUAUUGUAGAUACAGUUAAAAAUUAAAAGGAAAAAAAAAAAGUUUAAUAUAUGUGAUCAAGCUUUUAUAUGCAAAAGUAUUCACUGUUUGUAGUAGUGAUUCCGUUCUGUUUUACACUACAGUGACGAGAUAGGAUAUAAUGUUUUCAUUUUGAAAUGACACCCAUCGUAUGAUGCUGCUAGCUCUGGGGCAAAAAAAAAAGAAUAAAAGAGGCUGCUUACUAGUGUUGCUAACGAGCACGAGAUAGGAUAUUCCAUUAGGAAAAUGAUGAUUGUUUUUAUUAACAGGAAAUUUGGCUAGGUUGAUUUUGGAAUUUUGCAUAGGAAUGUGAAGUUAUGGCCUGGUUGCAACACAGUUGAGGCUAGUGUGCCCUUGCCUGCACCCUGUCUCCCUUACACCGCAAACAUUCUCUCCUACGUCACCAACUGACUGUGCUGCACCCAGUUAUAAACCUGAUACUGGAGUCUUGGCUAUUUUUAUCAAAACUCUAGCUGCACAGAUGUUUGUAUUAUCUCAAAUAACAGUAUUUCACAAGACGACGCCUUCAUAACAAUGAAAUCGGGUUUUAAGAUCGUUCACGUCUCCGCACAACAAGAAAACAGCAUCACAAUAUCUGUCUGUAGGAUUAAGGCAUAUUUAUUCUGUAGUGCAAAUUGAUCAAAGAUGUCCUGUGUCUUGAAUGUGUUUGCCUCCCUUGUAGCAGAGCAGGUGAAGUGUAUGUGAUCUAGCGACAUGUCUCCGCGUUCCAUUCCUUGACUCUAAUGAGCUGGCAGUUAUGGGGUUAGGAAACUUCUGAUUGCUUUUAGUUGCUUUAUAAUGCAGCAUACAUACCUGUCCAUCAUUCCAAUCACUUCAGUUUCAAACAAUACCAACCCCCUCCCCAUUCUUUAUGUCUGUGAAACAAUAUUGCUUCUUAAUAUACAGCCUACGAAUACACUAUUCAUUUGUGACAAUGUAAAAGACUCCCAAUUAGUUUAGAUCUAUGUUCCAGGGCACAAGAAGCAAAAAGGGAUUUACGUCACGCUAACCCACUGUCGUCUUUUAUUCACCAAGCACCUUGGAAUGGAGUAAGGUCUGCGGCAUAUUGCAGGAGAAUGCUUCUUACCCCUCUCGCAUACAAUGACAUAAUGUAUAAAUAUUCUUUCUUCUACUUUCGUUUCUGCUCAUACCCUGCAAUCACCCGGAUAAAGCUGGACUAUUUGUAUUUAUGCUUGCAUGAGGGACACAUGAUUAUCAUAGGCCAUGGAUCAUAAAAAGCUCAACUCAUGUAUAUUUUACUUCAGUAUCAUGCAUCCACGUGGUUCUGUGUGUGUGUAUAUUUAAUCUCAUUCUUCCAUGUAUUAUAUAUUUUAUUAUUUCACAGUCCAUGACCUUGUUCCAUUAAAAGCUUGUAAUUAAUUUGUUGUGGCUGGCAUAUCUAUUUUGUCACUGUCACACUAGCGUGCCUUCUGUGCCAUAUGACAGUCAGAUUGUCAUUAAUUUAAAUCUGGUUUUAUUGGGCUAAUAAUGAAAUAAACCAACAGUUAAUGAUUCCUCUCUGAAACACUGUAUAGUACUUGCACUUAUUUUUAGUUUUAAACCAAGUGAUCUAGUUUCCAGUAUAUAUAUAUUUUUUUUUUUUGCGUCUAUUUGUUCCUCCUUUGUUUAAAAUGAGUGAAGAGGCUGUGUUGGAGCCACCCACUACUGCUUAUGGGGUUUUCUGAUUUUUACUUUUUUAAUGUAAGUUGUCUUUGUAAUUAUAAAUUGGAAGAACAUUAUUUUUUUUAAACAAUUGACCUGUUAAUAAAUCUGCAGAGGGCAGUUUGGAAGUUCAUACUGGUCUGUCUUGACAUAUUAAAACAUUUUACAGUGAUGCACAA